GGAGACCGGGGUGGGGGGAGGCGGAGACGACACGCCCAGGCAAAUCUCGUGUGUGUGUUUGUGAAGGAACCACGUGGCAGUGACUCAUUCCCGGACCUUUUCGAGGAGCCGCAGGCAGUGCUGGUCAGUGGUGCUCGCUCUUGAUACUAUUUUAGCAUUUGCUUCGACCCAUCGUCGCUCGCCGUUUGUAGCAAGUUCGGACUCGGUCCAGCAUGGAGGAAACACUUCGCACUCUAUUCAGUCUCGCCACCGUUUGCUGCCUCCUCGCUGGAGCUCUUCUGCCGCUACCAGGAGAUGGACAGACUCAGCUAUCGGUACCAUCCAGUACUGUGUCAUCUUUCAGGGUUCCCCUCAGUGAGGUUGGCAACUUAAGCCACCAGACAACUGCAUCUGCUGUCACUGGUAUGGACGGCAGCAGCAUAGUAACAUCACAAUUAAAUGACAGCAGUUCAAGCUCACCAGAACUCCCAGCUCCUACCACUGCUGGCUUCUUGAGCAUUACAACAGGUCCACAGACUGUCACCAGCCAAAAUGUUGACAACCUGACUGCAAAUUCAGCAGAAGGAAACCAUUCCAGUUAUACAGAUCCUAUGACAACCACAUCUUGGAAUUCCAGCACUAACUUCAUGCCUACAGAUCCCUUUCAGACAAAGGAGAUACAAGGGACAACAGCUACCCUUCAGCCAAAAUCUUCCACAUUCAGCACCUUGGCAACUACAAAAAGAAUACUUGAAACCAUGCCAGCCACAGACCAAGAAGCUAUUACAGAGGAUAGCACUGCAUCAUCUCCAAGUUUCACUGUCAUUGAUGGAAGCGUGCUUACACUAGUUGCAGCAACCUCUGAGGUGGCCUCCUCCACAUUCAGGCCUCACAUAACCACACUGGUGGAAACAAAGAGGCUAACUGAUCGUGUGCAGGAGAAGACAUCUGGAUUACAUCUGGAAGAUCAUGAUGAAAAUCUGCCCAGUAUACCAACAGACGGCCCAAUAGGGGACCCCUUGAUGAUUGCUGUCAUCUUUAUUUUCACUGCGACAGUAGGGAUUCUGGCUCUGAUGGGUUUCUUAAGGUACCGUCAGCGCAACAAUCAGCUACACUUUCGGCGCCUCCAAGACUUGCCUAUGGAUGACAUGAUGGAAGAUACGCCUCUUUCCCUGUACAGCUAUUAGGGAAGACCAUUUAACAUCCAGACUGACUGCAAAGAUUCUGACUGGUCAGAGAAUUCCCUGAAAGAUAUAGGGAGCUGCUGUAUUGAUUUGCACAUGACUAUGAAGUUGUGAAUCCAAUGACACCUUUUCUUAGUGCUUAUUUUGAGAACUGGAGGCAACCUGACCCAGUCUUUUCUUCUGGAACCUCUCUAUUCUGAGCUUCGCAAGAGAGCAGGUGCACUAACUCCUGUUAACAAUGCCAAGGGAGUUUUUCCUGGAUUUCUGAGAACUGCACUGAAGGACUCUUGUGCAAGAAAUUACAAGUAAGCCUAGCACAAGCCAUGUUUAGGAAUGGAAAUGCAAACCAUGCCAUGAUAUGGAGACCUAGCUGGCUCCAAGUUCUAAGAAAUUGUUUUUGCACUUUUGUUUACUCCUUUACUUUAGUAGUAGGACGUAGUGAUUACAAAGGGAAUACAAGGAGUCGUUGAUUCCUUGCACUCCUUGCUAGCCAAAGAGUAGCCCUGCUUCUGUUGAAGCAAACCUUUUAUUGCUUGUUACAUUGUUUUUCAGGAGUGAAGGUAGUUGUGUUUUGAGUGUGUUUGAUGUUUGCUAGCUAGUAUCAUGUUUAUAUAGUCCUGGAGCCUGAAAAGGGUUUUGUUAUGGUUGUGACAGUUGUCCUCUUAAAGCUUUUGUUCUCCACAUACCUUCUCUCUUGCUUGUUACUUAUCAGUUAGAAACCUUAGAACUGCUUUGUGCCUUGUCUGUAAAAUGAAGCACAUAUUAUUGCACAGAUUGGAUCCCAAAGUUGCCCUUUGUGAGCAGAAAGCCUUUCUGCUUGUGCAGGGAGGGAUCCAUGAUUUCUGUGGGUUUUCCUCUUGAGCAGUGCAGUCCACACUGUUCUCGAUGGUCCUCUGAUUCUCAGGAGCAUUUUUUAAAAAUUGCAAACGAUGGAGGACACAGGAAGGAUCCCUUUUGCCAGCAGAAUGCUGUUUGCAGUUCUUUUGAUUCUGCUUCAUGCUCUAUAUUGCUAUAAAAUAAAAAAUAAAUAAAUCGAUAUAUAAAUCGGGAUAUAAAUCGAACAAACAAAUAAAUAAAAUAAAAUUGCUAUAGUUUUGCCAACUCCUAAUUUGCCAUAUAAUCUUAACUACUGUUGCAUGUACCCUUCCUAAGGCUUUCUGUGAUUGUGUGGAAAAUGGGGAAAGGUAGAUCCAACACAGUUUCUGUUGUAUGCCUACAAGAAGGUACUUUAUAUAUAUAAAAAAAAUCUCUUAAUCCUUUCCAGUUUUCUUCAUGAACCAGCCUUGCCCAUUGUCUGCUCACAUUUCUCUUUUUUUCAUCCUUAGCUUUCUGAAGAGCCAAUAUGGUAUCUUCUUGUUGGGACUGUUUUAUUCUAAAUGUACAAAUAAAAAUGCAUUUGUUGUUUUCAGAUA